AUGACAUCCCCAGAGUAUAGCCACCAUUUCUCCAUCGAGAACCUCCCUUUUGGAGUCGCAUCGUCACAGCAACACUCACAACAGUGUGUCACUCGACUCAACAACACAGUCAUUUUCCUGGGUGUGCUACAGCAAUCAGGUCUCUUUGCACAAGUCCAAGACCUUCCCGGUGGGGUUUUUGAUAACUCUACCCUGAACGACUAUGCAGCGUUAUCUAAAUCAAUUCACCGCGAGGUUCGAGAGACGCUACAAUCAGCUCUGAGACAGUCAGGAGCAGAGGGACUUCCUUCGAAUAGCACAGAAAAUAUUACAGCGGUUCAGUUGCAUCUUCCCGUCUCCAUUCCAUCGUUUACGGACUUCUCUUGCAGUCUCGAUCACAUAAGAAACGCUGGUAGAGCAAUCCUCAACAACGAAAAACCACCCCCGGGAUUCUUCCACUUUCCUAUCGGUUAUGGUGGUCGUGCCGGUACCAUCUCUGUCUCAGGAACGCCAAUUGCACGUCCUUCGGGCCAUUUCUAUGACCCAUCUGCGUCGACGGAGGACAAACACGUUAUCUUUGGCCCUUCGCAGGCGAUGGACUACGAGUUGGAGAUUGGUGUGAUUGUAGGGAAACCAGUCCCUCGACAUCAGAGACUGCAUGCCAAAGACGCAGACGAGCAUAUCUUUGGUUUGGUGAUAUUGAACGACUGGAGCUCCCGUGAUAUUCAAGGCUUGGAGAUGAUUCCUCUAGGCCCAUUAAAUUCAAAGGCGUUUGGAACUAGCAUUUCGCCAUGGGUCAUAACCCUUGAUGCCCUGGAGCCGUUCAAAGCACCCGGCCCGAAAUCCAAAGUGACACCAUCAAUCCAUCUACAAGAGACAGAAUCUCCAAAUUAUGCCAUUGAUCUGAAGGUCGAGCUCCAGGAUGGUAGCAAUAAUACCGUGGUAAGCGAGUCUCAAGCUCAAGAUCUAUAUUGGAGUGGUCGACAGAUGUGCGCACAUCUUUCCAGCACCGGUUGCAAUCUACAGACAGGAGAUAUACUGGGAACGGGGACCGUCAGCGGUUCUCAGGAGGGGUCUUACGGCUGCUUACUUGAGGUUACCGACGGUGGAAAAGUUCCCUUGAAACUUUCCGAUGGCUCCACGAGAGUGUUCUUGCAGGACGGCGACGUUAUCCGGAUGACAGGGGUGGUUGGGAGUGAAUCGUCUGGUGUCGGGUUUGGAGAGUGCAUCGGGGAGCUGAAACCGGCAAUUAUUUGA